AUGAGUCAAGAUGCAGUGAUGGAAGACAUUAACUCAGCCGAUUACGUUUCCGAUGACUCCACUAAUUGCCAUUUGGUGGAUCUUGUUUUUCUUAUUUUGAAUGAUUCCGACACUGAUGAGGUUCGCCGCAUAGCCCGUAUCGAUCGCAUCACGUACAGGCUGAGGCGGACGUUCACGGCACCUCUGCUCUAUGCAUUUCUUCGUUACGCGUUACUGCCUGAGUCUGAAGCUUUUUCCAGAUUGUCCUCAUUUCUUCCUGUGGAAGAAUGGCAUGACUCGGACUCCAGUUGUGUAAUAUCUGCAGAUCAGCCUCCAACAGAAAAUUUGGUGCCAGAACUUGAGAUUUUUUGCUCUUUGCUCGUUCUCUUUUUUCUUAUUGACCAUAAGAAAUUCAAUGAGGCUAAAGCUUGUUCCUUAGCGUGUAUUAACCGGCUCAAGAGCCUAAACAGAAGAAAUAUAGAUAUCCUAGCAUCUAGACUAUAUUUCUAUUACUCGUAUAGCUAUGAGCUCACUGGUGAUCUUGCCGAAAUUCGCGAAGAUCUCCUUGCCUUGUAUUGUACUGCUACACGAUGCCAUGAAGAGCUCAGCCAGGAAACACUUAUAAACUUGUUGUUGCGUAACUAUCUUCAUUAUAACCUCUAUGAUCAGGCUGACAUGUUUAGAUCUAAGGCACCAAGAUUUGAAGUGCACUCGAACCAACAGUUUUGUCGAUAUCUCUUCUACUUGGGGAAGAUUAGAACAAUUAAGUUAGAGUAUACCGAUGCAAAAGAGAGUUUGCUUGAGGCUUCUCAUAAAGCCCCUGUUACAGCCCGGGGUUUCAGAAUUCAGUGUAACAAAUGGGCUAUAUUAGUCCGUCUGCUGUUGGGGGAAAUACCUGAGAGGUCAAUCUUUGUGCAGAAAGGAAUGGAGAAGGCUUUGAGACCAUAUUUUGAGUUGACAAAUGCUGUACGGAUUGGUGACUUGGAGCUGUUUCAGAGUAUUGCAGAGAAGUUUUCAAGCACCUUCAGUACUGACAAGACCCAAAACCUUAUAGUCCGCCUGCAAAAUAUUGUCAUCAGGGCUGGGUUACGCAACAUCAGUACCUCUUAUUCAUGCAUUUCACUUGCCGACGUUGCUGAAAAAUUGAGGUUGAAUUCUGAAACUCCAGUUGCAGAUGUCGAAAGCAUUGUAGCAAAGGCCAUCCGUGAUGGUGCAGUAGAUGCUACAUUGGAUCAUGCAAACGGUUGGAUGGUGUCGAGAGAGAUUGGUGACAUUUAUUCGACAAAUAAGCCUACAACUGCCUUCCAGUCCAGGAUUGCUUUCUUCCUUAACAUGUACAAUAAAGCAGUUGAAGCCGAGUAUUUUUCACCAUACUGGCCCAAGGAGGAAGAAAGCGUGAAUAGGAGAGAGAGGAUACAACGAGCGGAUGAACUGGCAAAGCUCAACGCCGAGGAGGAUUAUGAUGAUGCCUAUUUUUAA